AUGGCUCCCGCUCAGAAGCGCAAAACCGUCGACGACGACUUUGUUCUCACACUCUCCGACCACGAGGGCGAAAUCUCCGACGAGGAAAAGGCUCCUGUCGCUCCACCUAAGAAGAAGGCAAAGACCACCACCAAGGUCAAGGGCAAGAGCAAGAAGGGAAAGAAGGGCAAGGAAUCGACCCCUGAAGAAGAGGAAGAUGAAGCACGCGAGGGGAUCUGGGGACAGAACGAUUCCGACGAUGGAGCCAUGGAUCCGGAUUUCGAGUACAUCCAGGACGGCGCCCAGGAAUUUGGCGAGGCCGAUUUCGAGGGCUGGGGAUUUGAGGGCGCCAAGCGCAGCAUGAAGCCCAAGAAGAUUGGCCUCGAUCUUGACGACAUCAUUCGCAGGAGGUUAGAGAAGAAGAAGGAAACCAAUGGGGAGGCGGCCGAGGCGGAGGCACCGGCUGAGGACGCCAAUGAUAUGGAACUGGACCUCGAGGACGACGAGGACGGCGUUCUUGCCGAUGAUGCGUUCGGCAUGGGCGCUGAUUCUGAAGACGAGGGCUCCGAGGCUGAGGAUGAGGACGAAGACGGCGCAGAAGACGGCGACGAUGCAGCCUCUGACAACGACUCGAUCGCAACACCUGUGGACCACCCAGACGACGUCGAGUCGGACUUGAGUGACGACGAGGAUCCUGAGGAGAAGGCGAAGCGCGAUGCAUUCUUUGCGCCAGAAGAAGUGGCCAAGCCUGGCAAGAAGGCCGCCGCCAAUUCGUUCCAGGGCAUGUCGCUCUCGCGACCCAUCCUCCGCGGUUUGGCAGGCGUGUCGUUCACCAAGCCAACGCCAAUUCAGCAAAAGACCAUUCCCAUUGCUCUCAUGGGCAAGGAUCUUGUCGGUGGCGCCGUGACCGGUUCCGGAAAGACGGCCGCCUUCGUGGUGCCUAUUUUGGAGCGUCUUCUCUACCGACCGAAAAAGGUCCCCACCAGCCGCGUUGUCAUCCUCACGCCUACUCGUGAAUUGGCCAUCCAGUGUCACUCGGUCGCCACGAAAUUGGCCGCCUACACAGAUAUCAAGUUCACCCUCGCCGUCGGUGGUUUGAGUCUGAAGAUGCAGGAAGCCGAGCUUCGCCUGCGUCCCGACGUCAUCAUCGCCACACCUGGUCGUUUCAUCGAUCACAUGCGCAACUCGGCAAGCUUCGCCGUCGACGCCGUCGAGAUUCUGGUUCUCGACGAAGCCGAUCGUAUGCUCGAGGACGGUUUCGCCGACGAACUGAACGAGAUUCUGACGAGCAUGCCCAAGUCUCGCCAGACGAUGCUCUUCUCCGCCACCAUGACGUCUUCGGUCGACAGGCUCAUCCGUGUCGGCAUGAACACGCCGGCGAGGGUCAUGGUGGACUCGCAGAAGAAGACGGUCACGACACUGACCCAAGAGUUCAUCAGGUUGCGACCCGGCCGCGAGAGCAAGCGCAUGGGCUACCUUCUCUUCAUCUGCAAGACGCUGUACACGGAGCGCGUCAUCAUUUUCUUCCGCCAGAAGAAGGACGCGCACCGCGCGCGCAUCAUUUUCGGUCUGCUCGGCUUGUCUUGCGCGGAACUCCACGGCAGCAUGAACCAGACACAGCGUAUUCAAAGUGUUGAAGACUUUAGGGAUGGCAAGGUUUCUUACCUGUUGGCCACGGAUCUUGCGUCGCGUGGUCUCGAUAUCAAGGGCAUCGACACGGUCAUCAACUACGAGGCACCGCAAAAGCUCGAAAUCUAUGUGCACAGAGUCGGUCGUACCGCCCGUGCCGGCCGCGCAGGUGUGGCCGUGACGCUCGCCGCCGAGCCGGACCGCAAGGUCGUCAAGGCCGCCGUCAAGGCAGGCAAGGCCCAGGGCGCCAAGAUUCUGAGCCGCGUCAUCGAGGCCGGUGAGGCGGACAAGUGGCAGGACAAGGUGGACGAGAUGGAAGAGGAGAUUGAGGAGAUCAACGAGGAAGAGAAGGAAGAGAGGCAGCUGGCGCAGGUGGAGAUGCAGGUGCGCAAGGGUGAGAACCUGAUCAAUCACGAGGACGAAAUCAAGUCGCGGCCGCGCCGCACCUGGUUCGAGUCGGAGAAGGACAAAAAAUCGGCCAAGGAGGCGGGCCGGGCGGAACUCAAUGGCGAUAAGAAUGAGAAGAAGAAGGGUGGCGGCAAGAUGAGCAACAAGGACAAGAAGAAGGCUGAGUCGAGAGCCGAGAGGAGCGAGGCGCCGACGUGGAAGAAGGGCAAGGCGGAGAGGGCGGGCAAGGGCGCCGUGUUGGAUGUCAAGAAGCCACGGAUGCCGAAGAAGAUCAAGGCUGCGGCGGGCAAGAAGACAAAAGCGCGCGUGGGCAAGCGGAGACGCUGGCGGUUCGCAGUCCCGCGCUCGACGACACCACACCCGCAUCACCGACUCAGCCUCCUGCGCUACCUCUUCCCCCAGUCCCUCCGCGAGCGCUAUCGUGAGCGCCUGCUCGGUUUCCACCUCGAUACUCUCCCCUACUACAAGCACCGCCUCCAGUCUCGCAUCUACCAGUACAUCCUCAAGAGACAGCGAAAGCCCGGCGUCGCCGCCGCUGUUCGCACCGUCAUCCGCCGGGGCCGCGGCCUGCUCCUCGGCCCGAACCCAGGAAGCACCGGCACCCGCCCGGCGCGCUAUGCGAGGACGCGAUCCCAGCAGCACAAUAAGUCGAAGAGGAAGAUGCCUACCCUGCCAGGCUUUGGCGGCGGGCCAGGCGCAUAUGGGUCCGAUCCCGCCACAGCAGUCGGCGGCGGCAGGCGUAGGAAGCUUGCCGCCAUGGCCAACAACAUGUACCGUGCCGGUGCGACCGCGGUGAACGAAAUUCGAGAGGGCUACGCGCACAUACCCAGGGCGGGCGAGCUGACGCAGGACGACGGGCUCGGCAAGACGACGAUCCCCGGAUCCUUCCCUGACGUAGCCAUCACUGUGCAAGGGAACGACCAGAUGGUCAUCUUUCCCUCUUAUGCGAAGCGCCAUAUCAAGGGUGAAUGGGCCCAGCUACCCGAGCAGCAGCAGCAGCAACCAAACUCGCAACAGGGCACCAAGGACGAAGACUGGUGGCGACAGCAGUGGGAGCGGGACCAGGACGAGCGCGCCAUUGUCGAUGUUGACGUCCGUGGGUGGAUAUAUUCACCGCACAGGGGCCAGGUCACGCGGAGGAACCGAGUCUUGAUCGGUCUGGCGCGUCAGUUGAGCGGCAUCCCGGCGCCAAAGUCUGACGUCAAGCCGUCAAGCGGAGAGACAGGCUUUCUCGCCAUGCAUGAAUCGCACGAGGAACGACGUGAGCAAGAGAGAAUCGCCCAAAAGGCCGCCGAGAUCGAGAAGAAGGGUCAAGAAGAGAAGAGGGUGGCCUACCACGGAGGCUAUAGCGAGCCGGCUCGAGGUGACGACGGGGAGUUGAUUGGGGAUUACAACUCGAGGUCGCGAUCGCGAAGUCCCAAUCCUACGCUGGGAUCCGCGCCAGGCUCUCCGCAAUCUGUGGCAAGGCAGUACACUACCAGCAAUGAACUUACAGACGCAGAGCUGGCAGUGGCUAAUGCGAACCUCAUGGCGAGGAUAGCGCCAUUCAUGACGACGCCCUUGGUGGAGCAGCCAAUCACCAUUUUCUUCUAUAACGACGAGCACUCAGCAUCAAGAACGGUCGAGACGAACGAGGCAGGUCACUUCAUGGUCAGGGCGGCUCUCGAGUUUGUCCCUACGCAUGUUCGCGUCUUGGCAAACGAAAACCUUUCAGCAACCCAAGAAAUCAAGAUCAUAGAGCCCAAAGGCGUCAGUCUAAUUAGCGACAUUGAUGACACAGUCAAGCGCUCCAACAUCUCGGGCGGCGCCAAAGAGAUCUUUCGAAAUACAUUUAUCCGAGAGCUCCGCGAUCUGACCGUCGAAGGCGUGAAGGAAUGGUACGGGAAGAUGCAUCACAUGGGUGUGAGCAUACACUACUGCUCAAACAGCCCCUGGCAACUGUUUCCCGUGCUGGCAAGCUUUUUCAUGAUUGCUGGUCUGCCGCCGGGAUCCCUCCACCUCAAGCAGUACAGCGGCAUGCUCCAGGGCAUUUUUGAACCUGUCGCCGAGAGGAAGCGCAGCACGCUCUGCAGGCUGUUGAAGGACUUCCCCGAGCGCAAAUUCAUGCUUGUUGGUGACAGCGGCGAAGCCGACCUUGAGGUCUACACCGAGCUUGUUGUCUCUCACCCAGACCGCAUCCUUGCCGUGUUCAUCAGGGAUGUCACUACCCCAGAACAGACCGGCUUCUUUGACUCGUCGUUCGGCAGGGGCAACAUAUCGCGGAGGGCAACUGCAGACGAUGAGCCUCAUCAACGGCCGGCGUUGCCGCCGCGCGGUGAGACAUCAAAAACGACGGGUCCGACGAUGGGGGAUCUCAUCGACUUCUCCGACGAACCAGAGUCCACAGCAGCGAACAACACCGCUAAGGUCUCGCAGCUACAAGCUGACCGCCAACCGAGGCACUCGGCGAGCACGACCGACCUUCUUACGCGACAGGCACCACCUCGACCGGUCAAGCCAGCGUCAUUACGAAGCUCUCCGUCCGAUGAGAAAGCACAAACGUUGGGCGCAGACCUAAGGCUGCAAAACUCAAAGGGCAUUCCGACGCCUCCCCUGCCCCGUAAGAAGGUGCCUGGAGACCGGCCCACAGCCCAUCCCCUAUCCCAAACACACAAUCUCUCGCAGCAAACAUUAGGCAGCACGAGCAGCCUUCCCAAUAACGCCAGGCUUCCAGCUUCUACCCGCACGAGUGACUCCUCCAUUCGUUCCGGCCGCACUGCGCCGCCGCCGCCUCCACCGCCACGCCGCCGCGACACCCCCUCCAGCAUCCGCAGCACCAGCCCCCGCUCAGUCGCCCCCGGUCGUCAGCGCCCAGCCGCCGACGAAGACGUGGACUUUGAUCCCCUUCCAUCCUCGUCGUUUGUGCCGCCGCCUGUCGGCCCCCGGCGCACAAACACGCAGUCGACGAGUGGCACGCCAUCGGGCUCACCACCCCUUGGCGCCACGGCUGUCAACAAGAAGGUCGAACUAUGGAACCGCCGCUUACAGCGGGCACACGAAACGCUGACCGCACACGGAGUGAGGUUAUACACGUGGCGGCGUGGUGACGAUGUCGUUGCUGAGGCCGUCGGGCUCGUGGAGCAGGCGACGAGAGGGUCCGGGGGUGGAGAGAAGGAUGCCAGGACCGAGGGGCGGCGGUUCGAGGAGAAGCUCAAGAGAGAAAAGGACCGGGAGGAGAGAUAUCAUCAGAACCAGUACUGA